AUGGCUGCCAUGCGGCAGGCUGAUUGCCAGAACCACACCCAGCUACUUGCCCAGCUGCGGCAACGGACGGGCGCCCCGUGGAGUAUUUGCAGUACGCCCUCAACACUGCACGAGAGAGCCGUCCUGGCAUUCGAGCCCGACGGGCUGUUCCUCUACUGGCCGGACGAGCCGGAGAAACUACGGGGGCUCAUCGAGAGUGCGCUGUGCGGCUUCCGCUACACUGUGAUGCCGCUACGAGAGGCUUUGCAGGCGGCAGCAAGAGUGAUGCGCAGCGGCAGCCCCGGCCUGGAGCGCAUGUUUGACCAGGUGGACUCGCGUUGGCUUGAGCACCACGGUAUCCUGCGCCAAGCCUUCAGAGGUUCGUUGCAGUGGUUCAGCGCCACACUGAAAACUUUCCUGACUGGAGACAGCGCAAUGGACUCUUUUGAGGAAGGCAUUCUGAUCCGCAACUUGACGGACUACCUCGAACAGGAUGCAGGGUUUCGGAGCAACACUCGCUGGGAGUUCACUGGCCAGACUUUCCAGAACGGCGUUGCCAGGUUGAAGUCGAAUCUGGGAGAGUCCUCCGCUGCAUUCGAUGUGGACGGAGAGUCCUGCCGCAAGUACCUGAACUUCUCCGGCAACGUGCUGAACAGUGACGCUGAGUGGUCUCCCAUCAGCCCCACAUUCAAAAUCCCCGCAGCACUAACUGAGCAUCAAUGGCCGGCCUGGUGGUCCACGGAGGUUUGCGCCGAGCUCUACGCCGUUCUGGCCGAGGUGCGUCGUCAGCAGGAUGCGGAGAAGAGAAGGGUGGACUGCACCCUUGGUGAGCAGGUGGUGCACGCCUGGACGGUGGAUGACUGGUUGUUUGAGCUGUCGCUGCCGCCGGUGAUGGAGCGCUCGGGGUCCCUGAUUCGGGGGUGGCUGCCGCCUGCGUACAGGGAACGGACCAACGUUGUGGAGCAUGUGUCGGUGUUCCACGACCAGCCCGUGGAAGCGAACCACGCACAGUGGAAGGACAUUGAGGCCACGCUGGAAACAUCCAUUAGCUGCUGGGAGGUGCCACGCCACGUGAGGAGGUGCACAAGGCGUUGCAUGCCUUUGUCAAGAGAAACGCGAAGUCGGUGCGGCGAGCUCCUGAAGCAACUGGGCGUCCUGGAGAAGAGGGGACGCAGCGGCGCCACGCUGGACGGCCGCCGCAAAAACACCUACUAUCUGCUCUACAUCUUUCCAAAGACGGACGGCUCCAAGGACAGUGAGCCAGCUUCGUUCGCUUGGUGGGUGGCGCAGGGCCUGCAGUUGGAGACGGCAACUGAGUGA